UCUGAAUGGGUACGUGUACGUGUCGCGCACGCAUAAAUCGAAUGUACAACAAACGAUUAAUGCAAGAAGUUUACUAAAUAUUGUAAAUAAAUUUAAGAAACAGGUCACUCAAAACAAGAAUUGCAGUACAAAUUUAGAGUGCAACGAAAAGCACUGCAUUCUCAAGUGAUCAAUGCCUUAAAAUGUAUCUUUCGGAUUACUAAAUAAAUGCCAAAUUGCAAUGCGCGAACUGUUGUGAAGUGAGAAGUGAAGCGAAAAGUAAAUACGCGAGUGCGAAAAUGGGCACGAAAUAAAUGUUGUAGUACACAACAACAACAAUAGCUAUGGUAUAAAGUAAAAAACCACAUCAAUAAAUAGCUAAAGUAAAUCGGUAAAAAGAAUGCAAAUCCGAUGAUAAAGUUACAAUAUAUAUAACAUAAAUUUCAGCAAACAAAAACAAAAAAAGUUUAUUACAUCAUCUACAUUGCAAGAAAUAAAUAGAAGCCAACACAUAUUCAUAUAUUGCAUGUACAUAUAUGUUGCAAUAAAACUCAACUAUAACAACAAGAAAUAUCAGCAAUAAAAAUAGCUACACUUACAACAACAGCGCAAAAAUGUCGACAACACGCACCUCGGACUGUCGUAAAUUUUCACCAAAUAUCUUCAAUAAAAGCAAAUGCAGUCACUGUUUUCGUCAGCGCGAGGAACAUAGCGCCGCCGCCUUGGAAUGUAAUCGGCCGGUAACACCGCCUGCAUCACGCAAGGUUUCAAAAUGCGGUUACCUCUUCGUAGCACCCGAUUGGGACUUUAGCAAUCCGUUGUACAGAACGAAGAGAUGGCAACGGCGAUGGUUUGUUUUAUAUGAUGACGGUGAACUCACAUAUUCGGUGGAUGAGCAUCCCGAAACUGUGCCACAAGCAUGCAUCGAUAUGACCAAAGUGCUCGAAGUCGCCAUGGCGGAAGAUGUGACGGGCCAUACCAAUUCGAUUGCCAUCACCGCCCCCGAUCGGGUCACAUUCGUGAAGGGCACAUGCCCUGAAGAAUCCAAAUGGUGGCUAAAUAUACUGGCCGCAUUUCCAAAAUCUAAAGGACGCCACAAACGCAAUGCCACAUUUCCAGGCGGUCAGGCGACUACUACGAUUUUACAGCAAAUGAAUACAGAUGCAUAUAAUGCUGCUGCCGCAGGCGUACCGACACGCAAUCGUCAUAAUUCAUACCACAAGGAUGCAUUGAUGUCCGUGCAAUCGACCAGCGUGCUAAUUGGCAGUGGCGGCAAUAAUGUUACGCAGCGUAAUGCUAAUGCCGUGACGACAGCGGCAACAACGGCGUCGUCGGCGAAGCGCACCAGUGACUAUCGUAAUGCUUCAGACGAUGAGGUAGAUGUGGACGAUGAUGAUGAUGAUGAAGAUGAUGGAGUUGAGACCGGCGAAGAUGAAGAGGAAGAGGACGCGCAUGUUGGUGUGCGUGGCGCUGACGAAAUAGACAACGGCAAAAAGGAAUCGUUGCUAGAUGACAAAAGUCGUGGUGAUAUUCAAGAUACUAACAGCAAAGUAUCAUCAUCAUGUCUACUCAUCGAGGAUAUCCGACGGGACGAAAAGACGUACAAAGACAUUGCCAACACAAUAACAAAUCUAAGUCAACAGAAAAAUCGCUGGUCCAAUACAACUGUCAAUAAUGUACUCAAUAGUCAUCUGCAUCAUACAGCGGCGGCGGCGGCGGAGAAAAAUUCGCGUGAUGAAACCGAUUACCAUCGACCAACGAGCAAACAACAAUUACAGCAUCAGCAGCAGCAGCAACAGCAACAGAAACAGAACAAUAUCUCUAGUUUGAGACCAAAGUCAUUACCAUUGGCAGCGAAUUCGACGCCUGCCAUUGUUUCGGCCAUAGUCAAGAAGAUACCGCCAGUUCUAUCGACAUCCAACAGCAACGGCAACAAUAACAAUAAUAUGAAUACUAAUAACAAUAUUACAGCAUCAACAAAUGAUGGCAGCAAUAAGAACAACAAUAGUACAAAUGAAAUUGGAAAGGGGGUUGUUGGCGGUAUUGGUCUGGGCAGUAAUAAGUGCAAAUCUAGUCCACGAUUGCAAUUACAAUUGAAAAAUCUACAACAGAAACAUGAAAGCAAUCAGCACCGGCAGCAACAACACUUGCAACCAUCUAAACAACAGCAGAGGCAACAACAGGCGCACGAAAGAGGCGAUCCGGAUGGCGGCUGUAAUCUUGACGAUCUUUCCACCAACUACCUGGCCAAGACGGCAGAGUUACGUGUCAAUCCGCCUGCUGAGGAGUCACUCAACACCAAAAAGGGCUGGUUAAUGAAGCAAGAUAACCGCACCGGCGACUGGACGAAGCAUUGGUUUUCACUGAGCGGUGCGGCACUCUUCUAUUAUCGUGACCCGGUGUCAGAGGAACGUGGCGUGCUAGAUGGCGUGUUGGAUGUUAAUAGUCUAACCAAUGUAGCGGAAGUUAGUGCCAGUAAGAGUUAUGCCUUCCAGCUGACAUCCUGGGAUCAACGGCGUCUCAUUUUGGCAAGUCUUUCGCCCAGCUCACGCAAUAGUUGGAUUGCCAUAUUACGAAAUAUUGCCGGUUUGCCCGCCCUGCUAUCGACCAACAACAAUACGAACAACAGUAGCCAGCCGCUAACAGAUGCUGAUGUGCCACCAACAGUGGAAUUGCUUAUCAAAGAUGGCGUCGUAACACCAAAUAUUAAAAGUGAAAUUGAGAAAGAUUUUAUUAAGGCCCAACGCAAUCACGAAUUGCACAAAAAACCGCCAGCAGCUCCAAAGCAUAAUCAUCAACAUCUGAGUGAAUCUAGUCCGCCCGCUACACAACAGGUUGGUUUGCAAUCCAACAACAGCACUUUAACUAAACCUCUGGUUUCCACAACUGUCUCUACACCAAAACCCACACAUUUCUCUUCAGACGAGGAGUAUCGUACCGCCUCUGAGGGCGGCCGACGAGACAGUGUUGACUGGGGUUCUCCGCUUUCACCUUCUCCGCCAAUUACAACUUCGAUUUUACGAAAUCGCGAUCGUUUAUAUGCUCGUGCAGCAGCUUCAACGGAUGCAAGGUCACACAAGCGUAGUCAUUCUUCGCCACCGACGUCUCGUCGUAGUACUGUGGAUAGCGUUGGUUCGGAUGAGCUUUCGCCACCACCUGUAAUGCAUCCUGUACAGGAGGAACUAAGCAUUGAUAAAGAAUUACAAUUCCGCCUCAGCGUAGCGGAGAAAGAGCGCAAUAUGCUGCGCGAUGAAGCCAAAGAACGGGAGACGCGCAUGUCUGAAUUGUUAACUACACUGGAACGCACAGAGCAACAGCUGAAUGCGCGCUUGCAUGAGAUGGAGUUGGUACGUGAUAAUCUAACCGCGCAGCUGGAAGAGACAAAACGCAAUGCCGAGGAUAUUGUCGAUCGGUUGACGGACGAGUUGGAGGAGAGUCAAAAGAAGAUAAAAGAUCUUGAAGAUCGGCUAGCGCGUGGAAUUGACGAAAAUGAAGCGCUCUACAAGCGUGUACACGAAUUGGAAGGUAGCAGUUUGAAUAGCUUCAGCCAGCUGAACCGGGGAAAACUUAAGCGCAUGGACUCGUUGAGUGACCUCACCCAGAUCGGUGAUAUUGAUCCAUUUGCAUUAGAGCGCGAUCCCCUUGCUGAUGAGUAUAAUGAAUUGCGUACUCGUUUUGAGAAGGCUGUUAACGAGAUUAAGGCAAUGAAGCGUGAACUGAAGGAGUCACAAAAUCAAUUUGAUUCGUUGGAAAUAUCGUAUGCAGCGCUUAAGCAAGAUCUUGAACGCAAGGAGAUUGAAGAUCGUGCACAAGUGCAGAUGAUGGCGGCACGUAUACAGGAUUUAACAUUAAAGUACAGCGGCUCGGAGCGCCAAGUGCGUACGCUAAAACAAAAGAUGGCUAAGUCAGAGCGUAGAAGAUCACUUUCACUCAAAGGUAAAGAGCAGUUAAGUAUACCCAAAGAAUUAGAAAUAAAAGUAUGCGAGUUGGAGGCGAAAAUCGAUGAAAUAGAAAAGCUGAAUGGUGUGAACUCAGAGCCAAUUCGUACAGUUUGCAAAAAAUCUUCAAGAAGACGUUCACUUGAGAGUAACGCUAGCAAUAGCGAUCCUCUUCAGUUCAUGUUACGGCUGAAUGAUUUAGAAAAACGUUUAGAUGAUACGUCAGCUGCAGGUUCCAUUAGUUCUACCUCUACGCCCACACCCUCAUGUAAUACUCCAACUAUUGAAAAUUCAACAUUGAACUCUGCUAAAAUUUCUGAGCAUUUACUCGAUCGACUGCGUUGUCUUGAAAGUGUUUUGGUAACAAGUCGAGAUCGCCUAGAAAAAAGCCUGCAUCAGUUACAAAACCUACGCUCUUCCCAUAGCCGCCGCUCCGUAUCACCUAUCACCGAUCGGAAAGAUUCGUACCGUUUAGUGGAACGUUGCCUCAGCGAGGUCGUAAAAUUGAUUCGCGAAUCUUGUGAAACUUGUGUAAUCAGUGGAAGUAGUGGCGACAAAUAUGCGGUGCCUAAUGUAAUGCUGCUGCCUGAUUCGAAUCCGGUGAAGAUUGCGCUAACACAGUUAGAGUCACAGUUGCGUACCAAACUGGCAGAGCUACUCAAGCAACGUCGUGUGUUGCGUGAGCGAAACGAGCUAACUGACCGCAAGAAUAUGGAACUUUUAGCAGAGCGUGUGGCAUUUGAAAGUGUAUGCUUUGGUAAACUACGUGACUCAGUCAUGCGAGCCGAAAACCCCGAACUCUUCUGUGAAAAGCAAACACGUACGGAAGUAGCGGAGACGUCUCACCUAAUGACGAUGCUUAAAGCUAAGCUAAGUGGUAAAUGUGCGCUUAAGUCCAGUGGCACAAUCGACAUUUUGGCUGGAGUAUUGGCACGUAGACUGAUGCUAUCUAACUAUCGAAAGGUAACAACCAACAGAGAAAUGCUUGAUCCUGUCGAUAAGAAUAUCAUGGAAGACUUGCUCAGACAACAGAAUGAAAUCAAUCUUAUAGCUAAACGUUACAAAAACAAUGCCAUGGAGAAUUUAGCGAGUGGAUUAGCGGCGGAAACCUUGAGUUAUAUCUCUUCAAAUGACUUAGUGCAAGGAGCUGUACAAGAAGCUUGGCGGCAAGCGCAAGAGACGGUAAAUGCUGAACUAGUGCAAUCUGAAAUUGCGCACAUUAUGUUGCGUAAUGCGGAACGCUUUGAGCAAUCACUUACACCUUCAUUUGGUUAUACGCUCACCGCCGAGGAACGGCUUUCAUUCGAGAAAUUCGCUGAUGCUGUGCAUGAUGCAUUGCGUAAAGAGAUGGAAUUGGCUGUUGCACAGCUCACACAAUGCUACAAAGAGGCCAUACAAAAGAUGAAGCGCGGUCAAUGGCGUCUGCAAUUGGAACAGGAGCGUAAAAUAUCGGAAGGCCGGCAGUUGCUUUCCGAUUUUGCGGAUAUAAUUGCACAUAAAGCGCUAGUAGAUGCGCGUAUAACUGUUUUGCGUGGUGAAUAUGUCGAACAACAGUUGGCUAAAGAGAAUCCCGAUCAUGCACAAAAGGAAUGUCAGGGAAAUAAAAUCGGUAUUACUGCACUGCAACGAUACGAGAGUCUCUUUGAGGAACUUUCAAAUGAUUUGCAGAUCAACAACGCCGCCGAUAUACUAGCCGAUGCUGAUUUUGAAUUCAUCUAUAAGCAGCAUACAAUUGAUUUUCUGAACGAUCGACAGGUGUUAUCGGAAAUAUCUACGUUCCUCAGUCAAUUGGAGGAUUCGCUAAUAGCGUUGCAAUGUGAGGCUUCAGCCUCUACAACGUCCAUACCACGCUCAACCGUGUCUAUUGAAAGUUUACAAGAUGUUUGUCACAAAUGUGGGGAUUUACGGCAACGUGCUGAUCAACUCUGCCAGGAGAUACACCGCGCUCUCAACACACCCUGUCAGCAUUGUCGUCAAGUUCACGAGAAGCUGCUGCGAUUGCAGCAGCAGCAUGAAAACGAACUUUUGCAACUACAACAGGCUCAUGCCAAAGAUAAGAGUACAUAUAUGCAACAACUGGAGAAUCAACGUAAUGCCUUCAAACAGAUCGAGACAGAAAAGGAUGCUGUCAGUGCUGAACUGCAUUAUAGCAAUGAACUGUUGGAGCAGCGAGCAAGUGAGCUGGCAACUGUUAAUGACAAAUUGCACACCAAAGAGCAAGAGUUGCGAGGCAAACAGGACGAUCAAUUAUCCCUCUUGCAGCAACUUGAGGAGCAGACCGAGAAAGCACGAACUCACGAGGAGGAGAGCAAUGCUUUAGUGGAGAAAUGUGCUCGACAGGAUGAAGAGUAUGCGGUAUUGCUACAAGAACGUGACUAUCUACAGUCAGAACUUACUAAAGAGAAGGAACGCAGCCGCAGAUUUGAGCGCCGAUUAGAAAUGUUAGAACUGGAACACAGUAAGCAGCUGGAAUGCCUGCAAGAAACAUAUCGCGAUCAAUUGAUGGCACAUUCUCCUGACUUCAGCAAUGUAAGCACUGAUGAUGAAAGCUUCCGACAGCGAUAUCAAGCAGAAAUCGAGCAACUCAGGACUCUUUGUGAGAAAGGGCUCUCGGCUAUGGAAUCCUCACAUCGGCGAAUUGUGGCCGAUUUGGAGGAAAAACAUCGUCAAGAAAUUGAGCGUCUGCUCUUAGAAAAAGAAACCGCUUUAGCUGAGGAAACACAAGCUACCUUGGCAGCUUUGGAUGCCAUGCGGAAGGCUCAUCAGAGCGAAGUACAGCGUGAGGUGGCGCGUUUCAAACAAGAGUUCUUGAAGCAAUUCCAAAAAGGCGAACACUCCGCCUACACUGCCAAAGCGAAUGAGGAAGAACUUGAGGAAUUGCGACAGGAAAUAUUGUCAUUCUCGGAAAAGUUUUCCAUAAAAUGCGUUGAAAAUGCUUCGUUAGAAGAGAAGUUACGCAGUACAACGCAAAAGUUGAAGCAUUUACAGCAAAUGCAGCAGCUGGAGUUGAGGAAUAAACAAUUUCGGGCACAUUUAGACUCUGAAGACCCGAGAACAGCCACGAAAUUCGUGCAAGGCCUUUGCUCAGCGAAGGAUGAUGGUGUCGUAUGCGAAGACAGCGAGGCAAAAUCGCAUGCGCAUGGUGUGUUUCAUGAGCUUGCCGAUGAGCAAACGGCGAUUGUAGAAAAUGUGGUACCGGUGCCAAUGACGUCAACACAGUACACCACACCACCUACAUGUACAAUUUCACUAGAUAUUCAUGGAGCAUUGGCAACGACUAAUCCGUCAGCUUCUACUAUAGAAGCACCAACAAAAUCAGUCAACAAACAAUUAACCACGCUUGUAUCAGUUGAUAAGAAAUAUGAAAAUAUUGUUGUUGAUAAACAUAGAGAAUAUGUUAGUGAUAUUAAUCCAAAUAGUGAUAAUAAUAUUGAUGUUGGUGAUAAUGAUGAAUUGAAUGCCAUUUUCUAUACAUAUGAGCCCUGUUAUAAGCAAAACAAUUUGCACUAUUUUCAAAGUAGGCUGAGUUUUAAAGGUUUAAAAUCUUCCACGUUCGGCAAGAGAUUGAGAACAACCUCACGAAAAUGCACGACAGACGCUGCCAGCAGCAUGCAACCAAUAGCAACAUGCGCGUCAACAACAACAACGAAAUCGUCACCAGCAUCAUCCAACAGAGCGUCGUUGACUACAGCAACAACAUUUACGCCACAACAAGCAGAAAUCCGGAUUAGUGCAAGCCCCGCAAAGAGCAUGGAGACAAUUAAAAUGCUUGAGAGCAGUGUGGCUGGCCAAAACUGGCAGUUAAAGCAGCGAGUUGUGCAAAAAGAACAGGCCGCAGAUUUGCAAAAACAACAAGAACAAUACAUAAGCACUUUAAAACUAAACCAAAAGCAACAAUCUGAGCAAGAGCCGAUUAUAGAUGCGCCCUUGGCUGUUGCAGCGGACAUAUUAAUUACUUCAAAUAGUCACAAGUCAAAAGCAACAACAAAAUGUAGCAAUAUACAAGAAAUGACAAAUGCAAAACCCACAAGCAAUCCCAAUCCCUCUUCAUCAACAAUAACAUUAACACGAACAAAACCAGUGGAGCAACCAAAGAUUUCUAGUGCUAAUAAACAUAUUUAUAAUCCUAAUUAUAAUAAUAAUAAUAACAACAAUAACAAUAAUCAAAGCAAAAAUAUCCCUAAUAUUAGUAAUACUAAUAGAAAUGUUAAUACUAAAAAUAUUAUUGUUGAAAGUAGUAAUAUUAAUGUACAUAGUGUUAGUGCAAAAAAUACUAGCAGCAGCAACAAAAACAACAGCAACGGUAAGAGUUUAGUGUUUGCAACGUACGAGGAAAGCAAUAAUGCUGUCGUAAAAACACAACCAAUAAUACAGGAGUGCACUGUAACAACAACAAAAGCAGCAAAUUUAACAACAGCAACAACAACAAAAAAACCAAGAGCCCUCGGUUACAUGCACGUGGCCGAACGUAAUGCCAUCAAUUUAAAUAGUUUCACAGAUUUUGUACGCAAAACAACAACAAUUGCUAAAGAUACAACAACAAAAGAAGAAACCAAAUUUGGCCGCACUUACGCUGACUCCAAUGAAAGCAACAACGAUGAUGAUGUUGGUGAUGAUACGCCGCAACCAAAACAACAGCAGCAUGCAAUAUUUGGCAACAGCAACAACAAUACGCAAAGUGUUAGUAAAGUAUAUAAUACAACUACAGCUACAGCAGUGUUGGGUAGGCGUGCGCACGCACAGAUCCCAUUUUGUUCGCCCACUUCCGUUUCGAGCGGAAGUGAAGCUGAGCAUGCGACUAUGUCCACAACAACGAAAAUACGAACGCCAUCCAGCACCGCGACGAGAAGACCGACAAAUGCGAUUCAAAAACACUUGAGACGAUUCGAAUUGGAGAUUUAGCAAAUGGCUCAUAUUUUUUUCCUAAGCUUGCUAUGAUAUGUAAAAUACUUAUAUAUAAUUAUAAUAGAAAAUUAUUACCCGUUAUCAUACGCUGAAAUUCAAAAUAUGCCAAACUAUGAAACUAAAAAUGCCAGCUAGAAAAUAAUGCUGAUAAUUUUGAUAUUUACAAUUAUAUAUCCUACGCAAUCUAUGAAGUUAUAUACAUAGUAAGACGUAUCCGUAUUAUAAAAUAUAAACUAAAAAAUUGGAAAAAAUCUUGAAAAUUGUUUUGAACAACUGUUUUUCCCUCGUGU